AAGAAAAAAGGAACCAAUUUUUUCUCCUCUUGGGUUCUCUGCGAUCGGGAAAAUAGCAAAACCCUAGCUCAAAACCCUAGAACAAACCAGGAAGGAGCCCAUGGCGUAUCAACAACACCAAUCACCUAAUCACACCGGAGACAACGACGACGGAAAGAAUCGCCGGCUCUAUAACCCUUACCAAGACCUACAAGUUCCAAUCAAAACACUUUACAAGCUUCCUACCUCGCCUGAGUUUCUGUUUCAGGAAGAAUCUGUUGCUCAGCGUAGAUCAUGGGGAGAGAAUUUAACUUACUACACUGGUAUCGGUUAUCUCUCUGGUGCUGUUGUCGGUGCCGGUAAAGGAUUUGUUGAAGGUGUGAAAGCUUCAGAGCCAGGUGAUACUACGAAGCUCAGGAUCAAUAGAAUCCUGAAUGCGUCGGGUCAUACAGGCCGGAAGUUUGGAAAUCGAGCUGGUGUUAUUGGGUUGCUUUAUGCUGGGAUGGAGAGUGGAAUGGUUGCUAUUAGGGAUACGGAUGAUGUUAUCAACAGCGUGGUUGCUGGCUUGGGGACUGGUGCGUUCUACAGGGCGGCUUCGGGGCUAAGGUCAGCUGCCGUGGCUGGAGUUAUUGGCGGCGUCGUUGUUGGCUUGGGGGUAACUGGAAAACAGGCGCUAAAACGAUAUGUACCGAUCUAAGAUUUGUGCUGGUUUGCUUUUGGAUUUAUGACCUCAAUCUUGGUAGCUGUUAUUUGUUUCAAAAAUUUUGAUAAUACCUUGAGAAAUUGUGUUCUCGCACUGCCCAGUAAUGUAAUUUGGCAUGAAAGUUUCAUGCUUUCUAGAUAUAUUUUAACAAUUUUAUUGAAUAUAUAUUCUGAAACUAGGUUUAGAGGA